AAGCCCAUUGCCAGUUCUCUUCGAGGAUUAACUGGAGAGACUAAAGAUGAUUCCUUUCUUAGCCACAUUUGCUCUGCUCCUGCUGUGCACUGUUAACCCUGCAGUUGCCAAUGGUUAUUAUGACAAGGUGUUGGCUCACAGUCGGAUCAGGGGCCGAGAUCAGGGCCCAAAUGUCUGUGCCCUCCAACAGAUUCUGGGCACCAAGAAGAAAUACUUUAGCUCUUGCAAGAGUUGGUAUCAAGGUGCCAUCUGCGGGAAGAAAACGACUGUAACAUAUGAAUGCUGUCCUGGUUAUAUGAGAAUGGAAGGAAUGAAAGGCUGCCCAGCAGUUAUGCCUAUUGACCAUGUUUAUGGCACCCUGGGAAUUGUGGGGGCCACUACCACCCAGCACUAUUCUGAUGUAUCAAGACUGAGGGAAGAGAUCGAAGGAAAGGGGUCCUACACUUACUUUGCACCGAGUAAUGAGGCGUGGGACAACUUGGAUUCUGAUAUCCGUAGAGGAUUAGAGAACAAUGUUAAUGUAGAAUUAUUGAAUGCCUUGCAUAGCCACAUGGUUAAUAAGAGGUUGCUGACCAAGGACCUAAAACAUGGCAUGGUUAUUCCUUCAAUGUACAACAACUUGGGGCUUUUCAUUAACCAUUAUCCUAAUGGGGUUGUCACCGUUAACUGUGCUCGAGUCAUCCAUGGGAACCAGAUUGCAACAAACGGUGUGGUACAUGUCAUUGACCGGGUGCUUACACAGAUUGGUACCUCCAUCCAAGACUUCCUGGAAGCAGAAGAUGAACUUUCCUCUUUUAGAACAGCUGCCAUCACAUCUGACUUAUUGGAGUCCCUUGGGAGAGAUGGCCACUUCACGCUCUUUGCUCCAACCAAUGAGGCUUUUGAAAAACUCCCCAGAGGGGUCCUAGAAAGGAUCAUGGGAGACAAAGUGGCUUCUGAAGCUCUCAUGAAGUACCACAUUUUAAAUACUCUGCAAUGUUCUGAGGCGAUCAUGGGAGGAGGUGUGUUCGAGACCAUGGAAGGAAACACAAUUGAGAUCGGCUGUGAAGGUGACAGCAUCACAAUAAAUGGAAUCAAAAUGGUGAACAAAAAAGACAUUGUGACAAAGAAUGGUGUGAUUCAUUUGAUCGAUGAAGUCCUCAUUCCUGAUUCUGCCAAACAAGUGAUGGAACUGGCUGGAAAACAGCAAACUACUUUCACAGACCUUAUGGCCCAGUUAGGUUUGGCAUCUUCUCUGAAGCCAGAGGGAGAAUAUACUUUGUUGGCACCAGUGAACAAUGCAUUUUCUGAUGAUACUCUGAGCAUGGAUCAGCGCCUUCUUAAAUUAAUUCUGCAGAAUCAUAUACUGAAAGUAAAAGUUGGGCUUAGUGAUCUGUACAAUGGACAAGUACUGGAGACCAUUGGAGGCAAGCAACUCAGAGUCUUCGUGUAUCGUACAGCUGUUUGCAUUGAGAAUUCUUGCAUGGUGAGAGGAAGCAAGCAAGGAAGAAAUGGUGUUAUUCAUAUAUUCAGAGAAAUCAUCCAACCUGCAGAUAAAUCCCUCCAUGAAAAACUAAGACAAGACAAGCGUUUCAGUGUCUUCCUCAGCCUGCUUGAAGCUGCAGACUUAAAGGAUCUUCUAAGUCAGCCUGGAGAUUGGACCUUAUUCGCACCAACCAAUGAUGCUUUCAAGGGAAUGACAAACGAAGAAAAGGAAACUCUGAUCCGGGACAAAAAUGCCCUCCAAAACAUCAUCCUUUAUCAUCUGACACCAGGAGUUUACAUUGGAAAAGGAUUUGAACCUGGCGUCACUAACAUUCUAAAGACCACACAAGGAAGCAAAAUCUAUCUGAAAGGGGGAAAUGAAACACUUCUGGUAAAUGAAUUAAAGUCCAAAGAAUCUGACAUUAUGACCACGAAUGGUGUAAUUCAUGUUGUGGAUAAACUUCUCUAUCCAGCAGACAUACCUGUUGGAAAUGAUCGGCUGCUGGAAAUACUUAACAAACUGAUCAAAUACAUCCAAAUUAAGUAUGUUCGUGGUAGCACCUUCAAAGAGAUCCCCAUGACUGUCUAUACCACUAAAAUUAUAACCAAAGUGGUGGAACCAAAAAUUAAAGUGAUUCAAGGCAGUCUUCAGCCUAUUAUCAAAACUGAAGGACCUGCAAUGACUAAAAUCCAAAUCGAAGGUGAGCCCGAAUUCAAACUGAUCAAAGAAGGAGAAACUAUAACGGAUGUGAUCCGUGGAGAACCAAUUAUUAAAAAGUACACAAAAAUCAUUGAUGGAGUGCCUGUGGAAAUCACUGAGAAGCAGACACGAGAAGAACGAAUUAUUACAGGUCCUGAAAUAAAGUACACUAGAAUUUCUGCUGGUGUUGGAGAAACAGAGGAAACCUUGAAGAAACUAUUGCAAGAAGAGGUCACCAAGGUCACCAAAUUCAUUGAAGGUGAUGGUCAUUUAUUUGAAGAUGAAGAAAUUAAAAGACUACUCCAGGGAGACACACCUGCGAGAAAGAUACAAGCCAACAAAAGGGUUCAAGGAUCUAGAAGACGAUCAAGGGAAGGUCGCACUCAGUGAAAAAUCCAAAAGCCAGACGAUAAAGUUAAUGCAAUCCUAAGUCAACAAUCUGCCCUUCAGGAAAAUGUCAGGAGAGCUGUGUUGACUUAGAGAACUGUAACACCAGCAAAGCAGCAAACCAUUCACUAAUUCCGCACACACAUUUAACUGUUUUCUGAAUGAGAAACAUGGAGGUAAUGUUGGAGUUAGCCUCCCAUGGGAUUAAAAUCUGAAGGAAACAUAAUACCUUGUAGGUUUUUUUAUUUGUCUUAAAUUUGACAUUAAAAGUUCUGACUAACUUUCAGAUCCAUCCUAGAAAGUCCUUGUGAGCCCAUGAACUACAGUUUAAAACUAAAAUUGCUGAGCUGUAAUCAUAGUGAGAAGAUAGAGCUUGUAAUUUACGUAAUGGAGAUGUCAUAAGCAUUGUUUACCUGUACACAGGAAGUUAAGUUAUAAAACUAGAUGCUCAGUAUAAAACCAGCAAAUAGACAAACAAAACAUUUCACAACCAAGAGCCUUACACAUUUCUAAUACAAUGUGGGUUUACUGGUAAAAUUAUGCUAUUUUUUACAAUUUUAUACUCUCAAAAUGUUUGUCAUAUUCUUCUUACAGCACAUAUGUUUUAAUCUCAAACACUUCAAUAAAACCAUUUAGGUAUAAAGAGAAUUACUUCAGAUCAAGUAAUUCAGAAAACUCAAGGUUUAACUUUAAAAAAAAAAGCAGUUCAGACUUGGGGACAUGACUUUAUACCUCUUUUAUUGUAAACAAAUACUCAAUAAAGGAAAUUAAAU